AUGGCCCGCAGCGAGGAGGUGGCCCCCAGCGAAGCCGUGGUCCCGGAGGAGGGCCUGGUUCCAGACGGGGACGUGGUCCUGGACGAGGACGUGGUCCCAUACGGAGAAGCGUCCGAAAGCGAGGACAUAGCGACGACUGGGAUCCUGGUGACCAUCACUCACAGCAAUGAGAAGUAUGACAUUAACGUUAGCCCACAGCAGGGCACUGGCGAACCAGUUGUCCAAGACUUGGUCCAGCUUGUUGAAGAAGCCAUAGGAGUUCCAGUGUCUUCUCAGAAACUCAUAUUUAAGGGAAAAUCUCUAAAGGAUAUGGAACAGCCCUUGUCAGCACUUGGAAUACAAAAUGGAUGUCGGGUCAUGCUAAUCGGGAAAAAGGAAAGAUCAGAGGAAGAGGUUGAAAUAAAGAAGUUGAGAAUUUUGGAAAAAGCUGUGGAGAAGACAGCCAACCAACUGGAAGAGUUGAGUACAGAUUUUGCUGGAAUCCAGCAGGGUUUUUUGGCCAAUGAAAUGCAAGUUGAAGCUCUCUUUGAAGCUCUCUGCAAACUUGAUAGAAGAGUGAAAGCAACAAUUGAACAGUUUAUGAAAAUUUUAGAGGAAAUCGACACACUGAUUCUGCCAAAGAAUUUCAAAGACAGUAGAUUAAAAAGGAAGAGCUUGAUGACAAAGAUUCAGAUGCUCUUAGCGGAAUGUGACAUAGUGGAGCAGAACAUCGGUCAGGAGACAGAACGGCUGCAGUCUACUUGGCCCUGGCAGAUUGAGGCGAGGCAGACAUGGACUUCACUGCUCUGA